UUCUCUUACUCCUCACACAUCUCACACCAUCUAAUGGAGGAAAAUACAACGGACAACACUGAGUACGCCCACUUGGUGGAACUCAGGGCGAGUGGUAUCUAUGUUCCGCCCGCGAAGCUCCAGCUGUUGCUCUCAAACGCGCAAUUCUCGCCAUCCUCCAAGGAAUACCAGAAGAUUGAAUGGGAGAGGCUUAAGAAGGCAAUCAACGGGUUGGUCAACAAGGCAAAUAUAGGCAACGUCAGAUCCAUCGUAGUAGACUUGUUCCGGCUCAACUUGACUCGCGCGCGUGGGCACUUGCUCAAAGCGCUCAUGCGCGCACAGGGCGGGGCGGCACUGUUCACUCCGGUGUACGCGGCACUCGCAGCGGUGCUCAAUUCGAAGAUUCCUGAAAUCGGGGAACUACUCGUCAGCCGGUUGGUGCUUCAAUUUCGCCGCGGCUUCAAGCGCAACAACAAGGCGCUUUGCCAGUCGGCGACCGCUUUCCUCGCGCACUUGGUCAACCAGCAGGUGGCCCACGAGGUGGUGGCCUUGCAGCUCGUCCAUUUACUCCUUUCUACGCCGACGAACGACUCGGUGGAGAUUGCGGUGGGGGUUGUGACAGAAGUGGGCGCGUUUUUGGCCGACGCGGCGCCCAAGCCCAACGCCGGGGUCUUCGACCGACUCCGCACCAUUCUCCACGAGGGCUUGAUCGACAAGCGGGUGCAAUACUUGGUCGAGGUGUUGUUCCAACAGAGACGUGACGGCUAUCCGGGUCAUCCCGUGGUUCCGAAGGAACUAGACUUGGUGGAUGAGACGGAACAGAACACACACGUGAUUGGCUUGGACGACGAAUUGAAGGCCUGCGAUCACUUAAAUGUAUUUCAGUAUGACGAAGAGUAUGAGAAGAACGAGGAGGUUUACGCCGGUUUGAGGAGGGAGAUUCUCGGGGAUGAAGAGGAAGAAGAGGAAGAAGAGGAAGAAGAGGAAGAAGCGGAGGCUGUCCCAGAUUUGGUACAAAUCACAGACUUGACCGCCACAAAUGUCACCAACUUCCGCAAAACUAUAUAUCUCACUUUUCAAAACUCAUCCUCUUCCGAAGAAGCAGUGCAUAAGUUGUUACGCUUGACGCGGAGCAGCCGGAUAAAAGACCAGGAAUCACUUGUGGUGGAUAUGCUCGUCAAGUCAUGCUCGAAUGAGAAAACAUACUCCAAGUUUCUCGGGGUUACGGGCGAGCUCUUGUGUGCCCACAACCGGUACUGGGAAAAGGCCUGUGAGGAAAACUUUGCGGUCUAUUACGAGUCCAUCCACCGAUACAAUACCAACCAGUUGCGUAACAUUGCACGCUUCUGGGGUCAUUUGCUUGCCAGUGACAAGCUCCGUUGGGAGGUGUUGCAGGGGAUCAAGUUGACGGAAGAGGAUACCACCCCUGCCGGCAGAGUCUUUAUCAAAUUUGUGUUUGGUGAGUUGGUGAGCGAGAUGGGCGUUCCGCUCUUGCGCGCGCGCUUGUGCGAGCCGUACAUUCAGCCAUAUAUUUCGGGCAUGUUUCCAAAGGAAGGAAAGAGCCAUGUCAUAUUCUGCAUCAACUUUUUUACCGCGAUUGGGCUCGGGGUUGUGACAGAGGAGAUGCGCGAGCUUUUGCCAACAUUGCAGGAAGAGGUCAGGGGGAGGUCUCGGUCGAGAUCCCAUUCCAGGUCACGUUCCAUGUCAUAUUCGAGAUCGUACUCCAGGUCGAGAUCUUAUUCCAGAUCUUAUUCCAGAUCGAGAUCUUAUUCGAGAUCGCGGUCCAAUUCAUAUUCCAGAUCGCCUUCUCGUAGCAGGUCUAGAAGCCAGGAUAGCCCGGUACAGAAAAAUCGCCAACAGUCUAGAUCUAGAUCUAGAUCUAAAUCUUUCUCCGGGUCUCCGUCUCAAGAUGGCGACCAGAGAUCCAGAACACCGCCCCGUGGAGAUAACCAGAGAUCUAGAAUUCCACUUCGAGAUAGUAACCGCCAGAGAUCCAAAUCUCCCGUAACUAGACAGCCAAGAAAUCAGUCCCGGUCUAGAUCCCCUGCGAGCAGGGCUCCAAGGCUUCAUCCCGACAGACUCAAGAAUAUCAGGAAAUAGCAUCCUAUUUAAACGGAAAAGAUUUUGGAUAGAAUUUCACAUUAAUGG